UUGUUUCAAUCGAUUGAAAUCGUUUCCGCCUGAGUUCGAAGAAUCGGACAAAUUUGGAAUUCUGGUUCCUAUCCGUUCUUAUAACUUCAUUUGAUCGUGGGUUUCAUGGGGUUUAUAAACCUGUACCAGAAAGCUUUCUACUAGGUCCAGUUAAAUGUUUACUUGACAUCGACUCGAAACGUCGGAAACAACAUCGUUCGGAUAAUAAUUAUUGGACUUACAAAAUAAUGUCAUCAGAAGAAUUAUCAAGAAGCCAAGUUUCACGGCACGAAGACAUAAUGCAGACAUUGCGAAUUCGGGAAAUAAAAAUUGAUGAUAUGCCAACCGUUCGAAAUAUUGUAGUUGCCUCAAUGCAAAGUCAUUACUCAGUAACCAUGAAAGAGGUUAUUUUAAAGAAUUACAGACUACAGAGCAUACUAGUCGCUUUUUCGACAGUGAUAUCAACUUAUCUUGGAUAUGGUAUUUUGAUGUUCCUGCUUGCGUAUAUACAAAUGAUAAUAGUCCUAUAUGUUAUUGGAUUCUUUUCCUUCACACAUGACACGUAUACAAGGACACGUGGUAUGAAACGUAAGCCUAUGGAAACUAUUAAUUCAUUCAUCAAAUUCUGGGUUGCUGAGAUAGAAUAUCAGGGACAAUGGUAUAUUAUAGGCUCAAUUGGAUACAGGAAACUAACAUUGGGUGAUGAACUGCUGUCAGAUUUGGAUUCAAGUACGGCAAUCGUACUUACAAAGCUGGCAGUUUCGUCUAAAUUGAGGCGCAAUGGAGUAGGAAAUAGAUUACUUGAUCACGCAUUGAAUCAAGCUAUUGAAAUGAACUACGAAUUUGUUGUCUUGGAGUGUUUGGCAACUCAAUAUGCAGCAAUAAGUCUGUAUGAAAAAUUUGGAUUCAAAGAGAAAAAUGGGUACCGAAUUCCCGCAUUAUUUGGUAUUUCGAGUAAACUUGUUUUAACUUUUUUCAAAGCUUUGAAAGAUUAAUAGUAGUUCAAUUGAAUUUAUCGGUGUAAAAAUGAACUUUCAAUCGAGAUGGAAUGGUGCGAAAAAAAUCCUAGCAAUGUGUUGGAUUUCUGUUCACCUUGUAUCCGAAGUCACCAUAUAAAUAUAUAUCUUUCAAGAAUAUAGCUUGCUAAUCCCAUAUACAGCUAUGAUGAUACUCAAUUUCAAUAUUGCCUAAUUAUUUAUUUGAAAAUAUAUACCAUUUCAUAAGA